CGGGCUGGGGGGGGGUGGGGGGUUUGGGAGGGAGGGGGAGUCUCACUCUCUCACACACACAUAUACCCAGACCUGUCUGUUUUAUUCACCAGUUUCUGAGAGAGGGAGGGUGGUAGGUGGGUGUGAAGGGAGAUCCCAAUUCUCUCUCUCUCACACACACACACACACACACACAGCCUAGCUCUUAACCACCCCCCCUCCCACCCCACCUCCCUGGCGAUGUCUGCCUUCGCCUGUCGCGACUAUUUCGCCGCCGAGUGCCUCAUGUCCAUCUCCAGCGGGGCGGUGGUGCACCGAUCGCCGGUCAAAGACGAGGAAAGUUCCCGAGAGGACAAAGAAGUCAGCGACACGCUCAAGGAAGGAGGAGGAGGAGGAGGCGGUGGAGGUAACCUGCUCCUGGUGGCCAGCAUUCUGACCGACCUGCAGAAAUCCCGACCCAUGUCAUCCAACUCCGAGAGCAGCAACUCGUCCUCGUCGUCCGGGGAGAGCCUCGAGAGCGGCUACACCACCCUUUCCGAGGGUCCCAGCACCCCGACCCUGGGUACCGCCAACUCUACCCCGGAGAAGCGGAAAAGCAGGCGCUCGGACAAAUUUGCGGUGAAGAAGCAUCAGUGCUCCUUCGCCGGCUGCGGCAAAGUGUACGGGAAAUCGUCCCAUCUGAAAGCACACAUGAGAACUCACACAGGGGAGCGACCAUUUCCUUGCACCUGGCCGCAGUGUUUGAAGAAGUUUGCCCGCUCAGAUGAGCUGGCUCGACAUUAUCGUACCCACACUGGUGAGAAGAAAUUCAAGUGCCCGAUGUGCGAGAAGAGGUUUAUGCGCAGUGACCACUUGAUGAAGCACGCUCGGCGACACCCUGACUUCAAGCCCAGUAUGAUUACCAAACCCAACAGCAGAAGUACAUCACCCCCCAACAUGCUGGCACCGACCUUCCACAGCCUGGCAUCCCCUUCCAUCGUCAGUUCUCUGAAUCCUGCUGGUCCCGUGCUCAAUUAAACUGGAGGGGGAUUUUUAAAGAAAAACAUUUUGUACCAAAAGUCUUGUUUAAACUGAGUUUAUAUCCCGCCCUCCAAACAUGUGUGGACUGUGCUUUGUAGAUUUCUGCUUUCAAACCAUUCAACCGUUGUAGAUUAAUGUUGGAAGUCUUUUUCACAUGCAUUGUUUUUGCACACACACUGACUGUAGCCAGCAACUGAAGUUCAGCUGCUAGCUUCUCUGGAUUGGUAUCCUCGUAAAAUAGAGAGUGUUAUGAACCUUCCUAAUCUCCCAGUUAUUAUUGGAUCUAGUUAACCUGAUGCCUGUUUUUAUUUUUGAAUUUUUAACUUAUUGUGAUAACUCCAUACAGGCUUUGGAGUAUACUGAAGGUAAGCCAUUGUUUAGUCAUCCAGUCAAAAAUAGCUUUUUCUCAAUUUUAAAAAAAAAGUCCUACAGACUGACUGAACCACAGUUUCACAAGUUAAUGAAACUGCCACACAAUGUUCCACUGUGUGCUAAAUGGUGACAUGAAGCUUGAUAACAGAUCUUUUGACUGAGAAAUAUAAAAGAUACUUCAAAGCAAUUUACCUGAAACAAGGAUAGUAAAUAUGACGUUGCAAUUUCAGUUUUAAUACCAUGGUCAAAAAGGAAUUUAAAAACUAAGAAACCAAUUUUGCCCAGUUUCUCCAAUUCAGAGUUGGCAAUGUGAUCUUAUGGCUCAGUAUAACUCAGUUGUACACAUCCCUUCCCUGGAGAGUUCUCAUUGGGAUUUAACUCAGGGACUGAAUUACUGUAAAUUACAGUAUUCCUACAGUGAUAAUGAUUUGCAGUUACUUAAUUGAUCUGUCUCAGGGCUACAAAGGAUCUUGCCACAUGUCACAGAAACAGACACAGCACUGCAAUUAUGACCACUGUUAUACCUCUUUCAGAAUCUUCAAUUUCUUUGUGCUGGUGUGGGGAGGGGAGUGCUGUUUUGUUCAGUGGACUUGCUGCAAUGUCUCCGCACUCCUGCACAAGACCCUUACAUGAUGUGUGGUGGCUGGGUGCAACAAGUAUUGAAAUUACUACCUUCUGGUUUACAGCUCUGUUUAACUUCUGUUUGUGAGGUUUUAACAUUGCAUAGGGUAUACCGUUCAAUCCUAAACACUGGUUCUAGUGUCUGGCAGUGUCAAUCUGACUUUACAUGAGAUCAAUCUUCUGCAAAUGAAUAUGCCCCAAGUCUUAAAUGAGCGUGAAGAAAUCAAAUUUGUAACAUGGUAUCUGUGCUGGCAAAGGCCUACCUCUGGCCUAGCUUUGCUGUGACCUGGAUUACUUGCAAAAGUGUACCCAGCAGUGCUUUGUAUUGCAGCUCACCGGAGGACAGUUCCCAACUUGGGACCACUUUUUUUUUUCUGGGAAACUCACUCACGGUGAAGUUGAUAAAAAGAAACAUUUUGUUACACUGCCCAUUAGGACUCUGGAACAGAUUUUACAAACUGUUUCUGUAUAGGAGCUGCAGACAAUUCAGGACACUUCAUGGGUUAUUUUCUGAGAUCUGCUGGUCAGUGGUGACAAUUGUACAACAUGUAUUACACAUUAAGAAAGGUGUAUAGCCAAAGGUUUUAGUUGGAGGUUUAUUAAAAGGUGAUUGGCAUUACCUGCUCAAGUCAUCUGUGUGCAAAAAUAAUAUAGCUGUGGGGCUAUGUGUGUACUGACUUUCUAAGUGCUCAUAUAUAUAUAUGGUAUUUUUGUAAUGUUUCUACUCAGGGGGCUGUGUUGCUGAUGCAUGCAUUUCACCAUACCAGUGUGGAGCUUGUGUGUAUCUAGGUUUUAUACCUGUUCAGUGUGUGAAGUUGGAACAGUGUCGUUCCAAGUAACUUGCUUACGGUAUGCUGUUGAUCAGUUACCAGAAGGGAAGAUAUUCAUAUUCUUUAUCUUUGAAGUGUUCUACUCUACUAAAAUUGCUAGCUGCAUUUGGGGGGUAAAAAUGAUAAAUAUAACUUUAAAAAGUAAUGUAAAUAUUUGUGAAAAGCAUGGUUUUAAGGUAGUGAUUUAAAUUUACACUAAUGACUAUUUUACUAUUAAUAGCUUGUGCACUAAUGCACAUCUCUCAAGUUGUUUCAGGAAUUAAAGUGUAUACUGUAAUUCACAAAAGUCUCUAUUUCAGUUAUCCAAGGGAAAAAAAUGAUCGAACAGUGUUUUGAUUUGAAACUCCAUUGGCAGCUGUUUUUCUCACUUCUAAUGUUCUUUUGUUUUAUUCUCGAGGCUGGACAGACUUGUGACUUCCCAUGAGUUACCUGGUUAGCUUCAGCUUUUUAAAAAAAAUUACUAGUGCAGGGUGCUGAUGGUGGACAUGAUCCUGUUGUCUUUUACUUUUUUUUGUCUUGACGUAAUCAGUGGGUGGUCUGCAAUAGAAGGUAAUAUUGAUUUAAUAUUGUCUUGAAUUCAAACAUCUUUAAUCUCUCAAGAAAGAGAAGGAAGAAAAUAAAAAUACUGUUUAAUAUAUUGAAUGACUUUUCUUUUUUUUUGAAUCAGCUGAAAUUCCCCUCAAGUGCAGGAGUGAGACACUUGCAAAGUAUUUGUUUCGCAAUACUGCAAUACUUGUGAAUGCAGUUUUAAUGAAAUCAAAUCAAAUCAAAUCCACUUUGAAAGAGAAAUUUCACUCCCUUGUCUCUUGCUUUUUGUAAUAUUGCCACAGUGAUACCAAGGGUAGUUUUGGCCUUUGCUGCAUCAAAGAGAUGCUCAACUGCUGUUAUGUCUGUGGUAUUGUUCAGUAUAUCUAAAUACGGUCGUAAUUGCUGCACAGCAGAUUUACAAUGUCAAGUGUCAAAGGUUAUGGAAUAUAAUUCAUGAAAUGCAGUCAGGAUGCAAAAGACCCAUCAGCCACUAAUGUUCAUCUAUGUUGCUAGUUUCAUGUCACCUUUUUCUAAAAUAAACAAAACUGUUCUAAUAAAACAACUCCUAUGGAACAUUAAUUGUUAUUGAUUUCAUUCAUUGAACUUAGUUGCCAUCUAUUUUUUCACAAAAGUCGUGGAGUAUUUUAUGGUUCCAUUGGCAAUGUGCAUUAGCUUUAUUGGAAGCAGUCCCAGGGUAUUUGAGUUGCAUUUUCAGUGUCUUAAAACACUCCACAUCAGGGUGCCUUCUGACUUGGAUGUUGCUUUAGCAAGAGAAGUUCUAACGUUCCUAGUGAUUUAGCACAUAUAUGAUGCUAGCAGUAAUAUGGGUUACUUUUCAGUAUGAGUUUUUAAAAAUUGUGUAUCAAUUUACCAAUAAUUUAGAAUGUGUGAAUCAAUCUACCACAUUUGGGGCAAAACUUAUUGUCCAGGUAGAUCUUUUGCAGUGCUUUGACUGUGAUGCCCAGUCGGUUGAAUGCUUUUGACUAUGGUGACAACUACAUAAUCCAGUUCAGUCAGCACCAUAUUCUUCAAGUGAUUCUGGUUUUUAACUUUGAUUUUACCAUUCCUUCAUCAGUCCAGGGUGCUGUUCAGCUCAGAAACACUUUUUUCAUGAUCUGUGACUGAAAAGUAACCAAUAAGUUUCAUUUGUAGUGUACUUUUUUAUUUGUAGGUGUUGCUAAUGAGGUGUGAUGAAUGCCAUACUUUGAGAUGUUAGUAUUUAAAAGUAAAUGAGAAUUAUAGCAUUCCAGUUUAUAAUUCCAUAAUCUUCAUCCAUGGCUGCGGGCAGCUUAACAUUAAUUGCAAUAAAAUAGUAUCCAAUACAAUGAGGCCAGUCAUGGAGCAUAGGUGAAGGUUUAAGAUUCAAGAUUAAGAGGUAUUCUUAUGGGCCAAUUUUUUUGUCUUAAGUUCUGCAAGUUGUUGUUUCCACAGGUAAUGUGGUAAAUAACAGCUUCUCAAUCAGCUGUAGUGAUGUGUGAAAUCUGUAAUAUUUUAAACUGAAGGUCAACUUUAACUUGAAUGUUUCAGUGUCUCCUCCUGCUUUCCAGCAGUCACUGAUGUUGCUUGUGAGUAACUGGGCAGGGGCAUGUUGUUAGGCAAAGCUACUACACGAUUGAAGCCCAUGGAAACAAUAUUGGCCCUUGGAAGGAGUCUUCAUGUUAAACACACUUUAUUAUAAGGGAUGCUCCUUCUGGUUUUCAGAUCAUAUUGCACAUUUUUUAUAAACAGUCUAUUAUAUUCAAUGUGUUGUUUGUAUUGUUUUGGCAACCUUUUUAUUCUUUUUGAUUUUUGUAUAUUAUGUAAGAACAUACAGGACUCAUUAACUAUGUGAUGGAAUGUCACUGCUUUGUUCCCCCUUUUAAAAAUUUCUGUCACUUUCGAUUUCUCUUGAUUGACAGCUUGUGCGGUGUACAAUUUAGCACGUAGUUUUGACAAUGUAGAUAUUCUGUGUGUAUGUGGGCAGCCAAUGUCAGUCAAUGCAAUAAUGUCUUCACUUGUUAUCCAAAAGUGCAUCAUGGUCAGGAGCAGGAAUCCAAGCUGAGGUUUGCUUUUCUUGCCAUCUCCUAGUAUUCCUGUUACCCCAAGGUAACUUGGGGCAGAGCCUGGAUAUCUUUGGUCUCUUGAGGUCAAUGCUUUUCCGUUUCCAUCCUGAGCUAUCAGAAAAAAAUAGAAGUUGCAACAUGUAUUUCAUAAAUAAAGAGCUGUAGUUGGCCACUUUUAUCAAUGUCUUUUUUUUAAAGAAGUGACCUCAUGAGGUUUUUAAACUUGCUGGGAGAAACAUUGAAUAAAUAAACCUUUUUUAAAGUGCAGUUUAUUGUGGAAUAAGAACUGGAUAUUUCUGUUGUUUGUCAAAGUUUGGCAAUUUGAAAAAUUAUUCAUUUUCUCAAAAUAGACCAAGCUUUGAAAAGAAGCCUCUAAUUCAGGGAUUGCAUUAAAUGUGCCAAGGAGUCCUGUUCCUCACAAUAAGUAUCCUUGUGUUUCAAGUCUGUAUAUGUGGCACCCAUGUAGCAAUUGGUAUUACUGGGAACCUUUUUUUUUUAAACAGUCAUUUUAUGGAUAAUGUAUUUUAUAACAUUCUGGUGAUCAGUUGUAUUACAUAUGCUAAUACUGUAAGCUAUGAACCAUUACAGAAAGAUUGCGGUUUGAAAUUUUGCAUGGAUGACUGAAUUUUGUACACAGUGAAUAAACAAUGAUGUCCUAAUUAAAA